UCGAAAGAAGGAUUUCUCUUUGUUAUUUUGACGCUUCGACGUUGUUUAAGGAAGGAGAAAAUGAGUUACACGUUCAGUCAGCAAUAUGAGGAAAAAAUCCGCCCUUGCAUCGACACCAUCGACAAGUUACGGUCUUUGGGAGUCGAAAAGGACCUGGCGCUGCCUGCCAUCGCCGUCAUUGGAGACCAAAGCUCAGGGAAGAGUUCUGUUCUAGAGGCGCUGUCUGGGGUAGCUUUACCCAGGGGUAGUGGAAUUGUUACAAGAUGCCCUCUUGAGCUCAAAAUGAUAAGAACUAAAGGUGAAGAGAAAUGGCAUGGGAAAAUCAGCUACCUGGGCAAAGAAGCGGAAGAUAUAGAUGACCCAGCAGAAGUGGAGAAAAAGAUUCGUGAAGCCCAGGAUGAGAUGGCUGGACCAGGUGUUGGUAUUAGUGAAGAACUCAUCAGUCUGCAGAUCACCUCUGCCAAUGUUCCUGACCUCACUCUCAUUGACCUCCCUGGUAUCGCACGAGUGGCAGUCAAGGGUCAACCUGAGGAUAUUGGAGAUCAGAUUAAGAGACUGAUCAGGAAGUUUGUUACAAAGCAAGAAACAAUCAACCUGGUUGUGGUGCCAUGCAAUGUUGACAUAGCAACCACAGAAGCAUUACAGAUGGCUCAGGAGGAGGACCGUGAGGGUGAAAGAACAUUAGGCAUCUUAACAAAGCCGGACCUGGUGGAUAAGGGCACUGAAGAGACAGUGGUAGACAUUGUGCACAAUGAGAUCAUUCACCUUACUAAAGGCUACAUGAUUGUAAGGUGCAGGGGACAAAAAGAGAUUUUAGAUCAGGUCACUCUCAAUGAGGCCACAGUAACAGAGAAGGCCUUCUUCCAAGACCAUCCUCAUUUUAGCAAACUCUAUGAAGAAGGUUUUGCCACUAUUCCCAAGUUAGCUGAGAAACUAACAAUUGAGUUGGUUCAUCACAUUCAGAGAUCCCUGCCUCAUUUAGAAGAGCAAAUCGAGAACAAGCUUGCUGAAACACAGAAGGAACUGGAGAAAUAUGGUAAUGGACCCCCAUCAGACCCUGCAGAAAGACUGAGCUUUUUCAUUGAUAAAGUAACAGCUUUCACUCAAGAUAUGUUCAACCUGACCACUGGGGAGGAAGUUAAAUGUGCUUCAGAUCUACUAAUUUUUCCAGAACUUCGGGAUGAAUUUUUAAAAUGGAAUAGCUUCUUGGAUCGUCUAGGAGUUUCCUUCAACAAGAAGAUUGAGAAACAAGUUGGUAACUAUGAAGCCAAGUAUCGAGGAAGAGAGCUUCCAGGAUUCAUCAAUUACAAGACCUUUGAAGGGCUUGUCAGGGAACAGAUCAAGCUGUUGGAGGAACCUGCGUUAAAGACACUGAAGACCGUCUCUGAUGUGGUUAGAAAGAAGUUCAUCCAGCUGGCCCAGUUCAGCUUUGUUGGAUUCCCUAAUCUUCUGAAAAUAGCAAAGACUAAGAUCGAAGCCAUCAAGCAGGAUAAAGAAUCUCAGGCAGAAUCCAUGCUGAGGACCCAAUUCAAGAUGGAGCUCAUUGUUUACAGUCAAGAUGGCACAUACAGUCAGAGCUUGCAAGAUGCAAAGGAAAUGCUGGAAGAGGAGGAAGAUGAAAGUUCCCAUAGGAAAUCUAAAAAGUUUAAUUUCGUGAGUGUAGACAUUUGCACAGGCAGUCGUGCCACUUUGCGUGAGAUGAAGUUGCACCUUGAGUCUUACUACAAGAUUGCAAGCAAGCGUCUAGCUGACCAGAUCCCAAUGGUGAUCCGCUAUCUGCUGCUCCAGGAAGCAGCUUUGGAGCUUCAAAGGAACAUGUUGCAGUUGCUGCAAAAUAAAGAUGAUGUAGACAAUCUGCUUAAAGAAGACUUUGACAUUGGCCUAAAGCGAGAGAGCUUACUGAGCCGCCAGGACCGUCUGAUGAAAGCACGCAGCAUUUUGUUUACCUUUUAGAAUCACUUUGUACAGUCAAUUCCAGCAGUUUAAAUGCAACAAAUUCACAUGCUGCUUGUGACAAACAUGAGCAGCAUUGGCUGCAAAGAAUGUAAACAUUAAUGUUGGUUAAUGGCUUUAUUUGAGAAAUAGCAAUUGAGCACUUACAGCAAAGAAAUAUUGGCUGUAUUUUUUCAUUAAAUAUCCUUUAACAAUAUAUCGAUUUGU